AAAAUAGGAGAGGGAGAGGGAGAGGGAGAGGGAGAGGGGAUGAUGUGAGUCAUUUCCCUGGGUCUAAAUUUCUUCCUCUUGUGUCCAACCUGAAGAAGAGACUGGAGACUGAGAAAAGGGGUUUUGUUCCGAAGCGGCGAGCCUAAUUACGGCCACUGCCUGAACUCUCAAAUAAUUUCCCCCCUUUCUCAAUCCUUCACUUCCCAGUUUCUCCAUCGAAACGCAACGCAUCAGCAUCAUCACAAUCCAAAUCAAUUCAGAAACCCCCAUGGAUUCGUACCAGCAACCUCACGGUUACAUGCGUCCUCCACAACCACCUCCGCCUCCGCCGCCUGAUCCCAACCACCACCACCAUUUCCCCCAAAUACCACCGCCACAUCCCCCUCAAGCCCCGUGGUACUCCCCCCAAUUUCAGUACCACCACCCAUCCCAGACUCCUUCCCCUCCACCGCAGUGGGGGCCACCACCACCGCCGCCUCCUCCUCCGUCGAACCCUUAUUCUUACCACCCCAACCAGUUUCCUCCUCCUCCUCCUCCUCCUCGUCCUCCUCACCCGCCUCAUCCUCAGUUCCCACCUCACUCCCACAUUCCGCAGCCUUAUCCUCAGGAAUGGGGCAACAACCCUAGCUGGCCCCCUAACCAAGGCUAUCCAGCCCAUAAGAACGAGGAAGAUUGGGCUGCUAAGGCCAGAGCAUGGGCUGACUCUAAGGCCGCAGUCGAAAGUCAGCAUCCACAAUCACAUUUUCCACCUGCUGGAAGAUUGCCAGAGCAAGCCCAUUAUCAUGAUCCAUAUCAGCAAUCUGUGGACUCACGUUAUACUGAUGUUCAAAACCAGUCCCAUCCAUCAUCAAGCUAUCAACAAUUUUCCUUCAUAGAUGCAUCUAUGCAGCGGCCUUCAGGACAUUCUCAGGAGGCUGCAUCUGUCAGUUUGGAGAUGUCUUAUGCUUCAGAUGGACAUUCAUUCGGUGCUAGAGAUGGGACCAGCAUUGGAGAUCCAGCUGCUUCAUUCGAACAAGGAAACUUUCCCACCAAUCCAUCAGUUCAUCUGCAGGAGGUACCUUCUAGUUAUAGUUCUGUUCCAGGUAGAGAGGCAGCUGAUCAGAUUCAACAAUCAUAUACAGUAUUGCCUUUGUCAAGUUCCUCAUCUCAAGAACAAAGCCAUGUGCAACCAUCAAUGCAUGCACCACCCUUUGCACCACGGAGCCACUCAGUUGACUCAAUCAAUCUUGCUGAUCAACCUUUGGAGUUUGCUCCUAAGUUUAGUCGUGACAGCGAGCUGCAAAUGCAAUCAACUUAUAAUCAUCACGAUUCCAGUGGUUCAAUGAAUAACUGGGGUGCUCCAGUGGCACCUGGUAUUGGUUAUCCAUCAAUAACUCCAAUUCUUCCCUCUGGGCCACAGCAGCAUGACCCUUCUGUCACCAAUCCUGGUCAUGUCCCAUAUGGAAGGUUUCCUGGACCUGGUCUCCCUCCAACAAUUCCACCAAGUGCUGCACCCUUCACAGGAACUGCAAUCCAUCAUUCUGCAGCUUUCUCUGCUGAUGCAUAUGGCAUUUCUGGUGUUCCUGAACGUCCUAAGAAGGCUUCAGUACCUAACUGGCUUAGAGAUGAAAUAAAGAAAACAGUCAUCGCUGCUCCUUCUGUAGAUCAUCCAAAAGAGGAGGCAACAUUUGUAGAUGAUGGCAUUGAUAAGUCAUAUGUGAAGGGUGAUGAGGCAGAUAGUAAAAGCAUUGAUUCAUCCAGAUCAGCUGAGGACGAAGAGGAUGAAGAGGAUCAUGGUGAAGCAGCUAGAACUGCAGCAAUCAACCAAGAAAUUAAGAAAGUUCUGACAGAAGUUCUUUUGAAAGUUACUGAUGAAUUGUUUGAUGAAAUUGCGACUAGAGUUGUUAGUGAAGAUGAUCAGAUUGCUGAAGUGGGUCAUAAUAUUGCCACUUCAAGCCUCAAGGCAUCAGCAUCUCCACCCUCGGCUCUAGUUCCUAAGGCAUCUGCAAAGGUUCUAGUCCCAGUCAAGGCAAAGGAAAUAGAGAAUGGCGGUGCCAAUGAAAAAUCUAAUUCCAGCUUUCCUGGAGAUGUUUUAGGUCUUGGAAAUUAUGGUUCUGAUGCUGAUGAUGAAGAUGAUGAAAUUAAGAAUUCCAGUGUGCCAACUCCUGCAAAAGAGGCUGCCAAUAUGGUGAAUAAUCUGGUCAAACCCAGUUCAUUACCAUCCAGAAAUAGCAAUGGUGCUGCUAUUGAUCAAGUACAUGAUGAUAAGGUGAUUGAAAAAUUUGAUAAUGCUUCCAAGGUGGUUUCUAAAGAUAAUAGGGAUAAUGAGCUUAAUGCUAUUGAAAGCAGUCACGCUAGAUUAAAUGGUUUUAGUUCUAAAGAUACACCUGGGAUGCCAAGAUCUGAGUUGUCUGGAAAGAAUGUCGGUGCAGAGAAAGCAGUAGAUGAUCAUACAGGUAGGGAAAGCAGAAAAAAAAUAGAAAAAUAUGAUCGUCUUGACAGGAAUUCUUCCGAGAAGGACUUUAUUAAGGAGGAACAAGGUGGUAACACUAGGACAGAUGAAAAAGGUAAUGAUAGUCGCAGAAGAAAAGAUGAAAGGCAUCAGAAAAAGGAUCAAACGGAUUACGGCAGCGAGGCAAAAGAAAAAUUGAAGGAGCACAAUAUAAGGCAUGGAGAGAAGGCAAAGGAGUCAGAGUCAAGGAAAAGGUCCUCCCAUGUUGAUACCAAAGAUGAUAGGAAGGAAACUGAAAAAUCCAGUAGAGGUCGAAACACUGAAGAUAAUAGCAGGAGAAAGGAUCAUGCUAAGGAUAAGGAGGAAAAUAAAUCAAGGCAGAAGGAUGCAAGUAACCCGGACAGGCACAAAAGAAGACGUUCAUCUUCAGUAAGCAGCAGAGGUAGAACCACCAAGGAUCAUUUAUCUAAUCGUGAUGAUGGUUCAAGCGGUGAAGGCUCAGAUAGCUCAAAAAGGAAGCUGCAUCAUAGAAAACGUGACUUAUCACCAUCUCCAGUUAGGUCUAAAAGAAGACAAGUUUCGCGGUCUCCUCAUAGCAAGCGUUCUCAGCGCAGGCAUUCUCCCUAUUCUUCUCUUGAUAAAUCCAGGUUUGUGGCUAUUAAGUUUUUAACGCUUAUGAUUUUUGUUUUUGAGACAAACUUCCAUCAUCAUAUAAGAAUAAACUACUCAGGUGAAUCUUUACUGCUUCACAUUUACCUUACAAUUGGUGCCUUGUUUAUUUACUGUGUUUCCUUUAUAUGCAGGGGAAGAAGGUCAAGAUCAAGAUCACCACCUGUUUGGCGGCACAGAUAAAAGACGAAGACAGCAAUGGUUGUUGUUGCUUCUAUGACCGGGUUCAUACAAGAGAACCAAGAUUUGAUAACGUGGGGCGAAGCUUGUGAGAUGUUCGGUCUUCGCAAUGGACUCUCAAUGAGGAUUGAUGGGAAACAGUGACUUCUAUUUCCCAGUUUUGUAGGUUCAACAUGGUGAUAUAGUUACUUUGCUGAUAUGCUGGUGUUCUUAAGAGACAAAUGGUAUAAAACCCGGGUAGAAUUGGAUAUUGUUGUAAUAUGUUUUGAUGUAAAAAUUAACCAUAACGAAAAUCUGAAACUUUAAUAGCUUUAUCUUCAUUAGAUUCUGGCAUGUGUUUAAAUCCCAUCAAUAUCAUACUUCCUACUGACAAGUUCAAUAGAUGGGAAUAUCAUCCAAAUUUUGCUGAA